AUGGGGACACCGGGACAGGCGCUGGAGGUGCUGGGGCACCCUGAGGUGGGGGCCCUGCUGCAGGCGCAGGCGCUGGGGCCCCUCCUGCCCCCGGAGACCCAGCGCAGCCUCGAGAGCUCCUGCAUUGCCGCCGUCAAGGCAAAGGUGGAGGUGGCGGUGGCACAGGAGCUGCAGCUCAGCGAGGACACCUGGGCAGAGGAGGCCUCCAGCCAGGAGCUGCAGGAGGGACUGGCCACCCGCGUCACCGGGCUGCUGCGGGCGCACGUGGACCGAGCCCCCCAGAUCACCCCUGAGUUUGGCAUGGAGAUGGCACACAGCCUGCUGGGCGUGCUGGUGACCUUCCUGCACAGUUUCCAGCGGAAGGUGGAGCGGUUCCUGGAGGCCCCCGGCGAAGCCACCCCACCUGACGGUGCCACCGGACGGGCCAUCGCCCUGGUCAACUGCUGCCCCCCCUUCAGGACCUUCGUCGAGCGCCUGGCGCAGUUUGGGCACCCGGAGAGCGAGGAGCCCCGGCGCCAGGCCCACGCUGCCCUGGACAAGGUGACCCGGCUCUGCAACCACGUCCUCACCCAGCGCCUCUUCGAGGACCUCAAGCCCUACUUCAACAAGCUGAUGAAGCGCAAGUGGCUGACGAGCUCCGACGCCUUCGACACCAUCGUGAUGCACAUCACCAGCUUCACCCAGAAGCUGCGCCCGCUGCGCCCCGAGCCCUACCAGGUGCUGGUGAGCGAGGUGCACCGGCGGGUGCUUAUCGAGUACGUGCGGCCGCUGCUGCAGGUGCGCUUGGUCUGCACCUCGGCCAAGAUGCGCGCCCGGGUGGCCGCCCGCCUCGGGGACGAAGCCCGCCAGCUCCGCGAGCUCUUCAGCCGCUUGGAUUCGACCUCGCCCUGGCUGGAUUCGGUGGUGCCGCGGUUGAGGGAGCUGCUGGUGCUGGAGGACACGGCGGCACUGCAGAUGGAGGUGGGCGUCCUGGUGAGGGACUUCCCCGACGUCCGGCGGAAGCACGUGGCGGCGGUGCUGGACGUGCGGGGGCUGCGGGGGGUGGCCCCUGCGCAGGCACGGGGCAUGUGA